AGACGACGUGGGAGGGCCAUCCUAGUCACGCCUAACCAGUCUUGCUCGCUGGAUGUUCCCUUCACACUUUCUGAUGCGGCACCAAUUGCGUUGCACCCGGUCGGAGCAUAUACAUCACGGCGCUGCCACCGCCUCUGCUCUGCGCUGUCCCUCUGUGCAUCCGCCAUACCUCCACGCUUGCCCUUUCUCCUGCAAUCGCCCAGCGGAUGACGACAGCGAUGCCGCGAGCAUAUCAACAAUAAUCCCGCUUCCCUCCCCAAUAACCCAUAGCCACCACCCCUCCGCGCCCCCUCUGCACGCAGCGACGCAAUGAAGUAUGGCGAGACGCUGCGGCAGCGAUCCAUUCCUGCCUGGGCGCAUCACAACAUAGACUACGACGAUAUCAAACACUUCAUCAAGGAGCACACCACCCCGGGGAAGGGCAAGACAAUCUCCGUCCCCGGGCGAGGCGAGGACAAGCUGGCCGAGUUCGAAAACGCCCUCUUCCACAUCCUGCAGGACCAACACCAACGCAUCGAUCUUUUUGUUAAGAGCAAAGCAGGUGAAAUCCAGCGCCGUCUUGAACACUCCAAAAAGCAACUUCGAGCACUGGCAGUGCGACAAGCGCCUGUAGCCGACCACCGAAUACCCGUCAGCCGCCUCGAACGAUACGGACGACUGGAGAACGAUGUAGUCAAAGCUGGGGAGGAGAUCAAGUCUCUGGCCAGAUUCAUCGCGACGCAGAGGACGGCAUUUCGAAAGUUGCUCAAGAAGUACAAGAAAUGGACUGGCUCUGCGGAGCUGGAGGAUCGCUUCCGAGAGGAGAUCCUGGAUGACCCAAAGAGCUUCACCAAGCUCGAUCUGGGCUACCUCUUGGACGAAUAUUCGGGCACACGGCAUAGCAUACGGACUCUGUACGACAGUCAGGUCCAACAAGCGGCGGGCGGCAAAAAGGCGGAUGCGAAGGAGGCAUCGUCAGUGAUCGCCAAGCUGCAAGAGGCUGUCAAUCGCGACUCAAAGGUCUUUUUUGACACGAGCAUUGCUACUGUGCCUUUGGGACAGUAUGGAACUGUGGCCAGUUACUUCGUACAUCCCGAGAGCAUCGUCGAAUUGCAGAUGCUGCUGCUUCAGCAUGCUAGAUUUCACCUCUCCCGAAGCCGACAGAACUCGAUAGCGACUCCGAUCUCCUCCGCACCUAGAACACCGACCCUGGCAGGCGUAAGCUCCAGCGAUCCCGAUUACCACAUGCUUGUAGCCGAUAACCUCGAGCGAUUCGCAAAAGAGCAGAGUAGCCUCACAGUGGAUGAUCGGGAACAUGCAGCGGGCAGCUGUCCACAAAGAGUCAAAGCGGCUGUGCGAUGGACAACCGACGAGGAUGCGCUUGCAUGCCUUCUGUCUCGGUCGGGCAGUACUAAGAGUGCAUACCUCAAGAAGAAGCACAUCUGCGACUUCUUCAACGCAAGAGCCGACUUCUCAACGGAGCAGGAAGAAGUUGAUACAGCAGAGAGAGUGGAGGAGCUGCGAGACGAGCUGCUCAAGAACAACACCAAGCCACUAUUCCGAUACUCAUGCUCUCGAUCUCGUCUGAUUGGUCUGGAUGACAAUGCUAACGGCUUGGUCAUGGCCACGCUGGACAGUGGCAUCAUAUUGGAGACGACCGGGGAUUCUGUGCAAGAAGGAGCGAAGACCACGUUCCCUUUCGCUUUGCUGACAGUAAGGCAGGAGGGGCAGCCCAAGUCAGAGCUUUUGACUGUCCUCGAUAGGAGCUACCUGGUGGAGCGGGUGCGAGGCUUCUCUCUGGAAUAUCAUGCAGUCUGGCAGACCCACCAAUCUGACCACAUUCCUGCACCGUUUUGGCUGCCAUUGCUAUCGCAAGACAUCCGAAAAUUACCGCCACCAGCCAUGCGCAAGCGUCCCAGCACACAAGGUGGAACCGACGCCUCAGGUGCACCGUCAGCCAACAGCGCUUCGAGUCCUGGUACGCUAGACAGCGUUACAGCGGUGGAGACAUCGAACGAAUUGGCAAGCCAGCUCGAAUCACCUCCGCUGAAGUCUUUCAACAAGAAGAAGCGCAGAAAAUAUCCUCAAGCACAAAUGCCAACACAGAAAUACUGGAACGAGUAUGACGAUCCUGAAGAAGGCGGUGACGGUGAUGCGUACUACAUCUACAUCGAUCCGAAUGAGAAGAACCCCUUCGAUCGCUUCUUUGAGAGGAUCGCAGAUGUCUUCAAGAGGAAAAAGCGGCCAGAGGAGGAUGCGCUACUCUCCAUACCAGGCACGCCUCAUCUCGACGAUGACGAGUCUUCAGAUGAAGACUCUGAUUCUCCCACCCCGCGAAACCAUUUUGGACCCACAUCGAAUUUUGGCACCUUUGCGGGCCCUAUGAGCAUUCGCUCAGCGAGCCUAUCCUUCUUGCCGCAGUUUAGCAUCCUUUGCUACGUGGCCUCUCUUGCCAUGCUCGUCAUGGCAUACAUACUUCGCACCACUGGGCGCCACAAGUUCAUCAGGGAGGUUCAUGUUGGUGUUCUGUUCUCCAUGGUCUGCGGCCUGGGUUUCGUGCUUUUAGGCUUUAUGAACGUGUUACGACGCGGCAAUGUGGGCUCUACAGAAGCACCGCCUUCACUCGGUGCCUGGGCGGUCAGCAUCGUUGUGCUGAUUGUGAAUGUACUGGCCUCUGGGGGUUUACUGGCGUCCAUGCUAGGUUGAGGGAGCUUUCCAUUUCAUUCUUGAUGUUUGAGUAGGGGGAGGGAAGAGACUGCACCUCCUUCGUGGCGUCAGAGCGAAUUCAACAUGCAUGUACAAGCGGCAUACGGGGCGUUAGCAAGCGGGGCUUUGCUCUUCUUCUGGUGUGAGACAUCUCUGAGUGUGAAUUGGGGCAAGUGGGGAUUGUACUAUACACAUCCACGGAGUGUAUUUAGAGGGCGUAAUGUGUUGAUGAAGAUGAAAGUGACAGAGGAA